CCAAUAACUUUCCACCAAUAAAAUUUAAUCAAUUCAAAUAUUCUCAAUUAAUGUUCCUCAAAAGUAUAAAAAAGUACCUUAACAAUAUAGAAAAUCUAUCUUUGUGGAACAAGAAAAAAAUUUAAAACAUCUUACUUUCGGGAACGAAUGUAGUAUUAGUAUGUUUUAACUUUUAACUGCGUUGUUAAUUCAAAAUUUUGAGUCAUAUAGAUCCAACCGUCCAGAAGCUACUCCUUCCGUUUCAAAAUAGAUAAUAUUUUGGAGAGAUUAAAAUGUUUCAAAAUAUUUGAUGUUUUGAUAUUUUUAUAUUAGUUUUAGUUUUACAGAAAACUGUGUCACCAAUGAUGUUUUAUAGUGGUUUUUAUGAUUGGUUGAAUUAGGUUUACUUUAUAUUUUUAAUGUUACUUUUUAAGAAAAAGAGUAUACUUUAAUUCUUGUGUAUUCACCUAAAACAUCAAGUAUUUUGAAAGAGAGAGAGUAUUUCGUAACUACGUGUAGUAGUUCCCACUUCCCAGUUUCAUUUCUUUUCUUCUUUUUUUCUUAUUUGUCAAAAUUUUGAAUCAAGGUUGCCCAACUCAAGCGAAUCAGUAUCAAUCCAAAAGGCUGCACCGGAAAUAAGAAGUUUCAUUAAUUCAAAACAAUGUUUUUAAAUUUGGAUGGGUAACCGAACCAUAAAAGGCUAAAAGCUUAUGGAUAAAUAUGAUUCGACCAAAUUCGAUUGAGUUCAUUAUAAAAACAAAACUAUAACUAAAUCUAUAUGUUUCGUUAUUUAUAAUUUCUAAUUUUACAAAUAUAGUUAAAUUUAGUUACUAAAAUUUGCUACAGAAAUAAUCAUGAAAUAAAAUUUUAAUAUAAACCAAAUUACAAUUAAAUAUAAAAAUUUAAUAUCUUGACUAUAAGAAUUUUUUUUGUUUAAUUAAACGUUUCUUCUGAAGUUCUCUGCAUGUAAAAGUAGAGAUCAUCUCUUCCAUUAUGAGACUUGACACCCAAGGCAAGAACAUAUCUAAAGAAUAAAAACAUUGUGGAACAAAGCUAGAGAGUGAGAAUCUUUAAUCUUUAUCAACCACUGUUGUGAUACAGACCAAGUAUAAACAAGAUACAUCAAUCAUUUAUCCACACAGGAACACAUACUAUAAAAAAAAAAACUGAACUGGAUCAUUCUUCAUUCAUUACAUAUUUACAUGGGUUAGGGAUAGAGAAUGUUUUUCAGUCGAAAUCAACUUGACAUGUAAUUGAUGCUCUAGGUGAGAAUGCUAACUUCUUAUCAUCUCAAGUUGCUCAUCAUGAUCAUCUGACUCAGUGAAUAUCUUCACCAUCUUCAAAUGACAAGAAUUCCUCAAUAUAUAAGUCACAAGAUCACUCUUGAUCUUUAGUUCCUUUGUCUCCACUCAAUUUUUUCAAAACUGGUUAACAGGCAAUCCGGUACAGAACCGAAUUCGUUCCAACACCCUCCUUUUCUACAAUCCUUAUGUGUCUGAAAUGAACAUUUUGGUAUUAGAUCGUCUAACCAAGACAAGGAAACAUGAGAGAUGAUAAGUUUACAGAAACGGUUUUAUACCCAUUUAAGCUUGAGAACUCGUAGUUUAGGAGUCGCUGUGAGCAGACACACUAGUAGAUUCCACCACUGGGGUUUACAUGUACAUAUCUCUAGAUGAACAAGUUGUUGAAAAAUUGUCCUUCAACCUUAGAUUCGGUUAUGUUCAUCCAUAUGCCAAUUGAAACCAAAAUAUACUUGCAAAUUUUUAACAAUAUGCCGACUGUUUUAGUUUCCGAGAAAAUAAGAAACCUUGAUAAAAAAAACAAUGAUAUAACUUAUUAAGAUGUUUCAUUCAUUAGGGGUCUGUUUUACAAUUUCAAGUCACUGUAUUCAGCUUAAAUCGCGUAUUCAGCUUAAAUUUUUUAAGUUUUUACUUUUUAGAGUUAAAAGUAUACUGAAUCAUCAGCACCAAAAAAAAAGAACAAUGUGAUGAGCCAGAACAAAAGUCAUGGAACAUUUAAAACAUUUAACAGUAUUCUGACUGAAAUAUUCAAACUCGGGAUAUCUUUUUGUGGUUUAUUAACUAAUCUCCACCAAUACUGCUUUUUCUUACUUGCGCUUUUUCUUUUACUGCUCACAAUACGACGUCUACUUAUCUUUAAUUUUUCUGACGGCCUGUUAAUUAGCAGAGCUGCAUAUCUUUAAUUUUCUGGUGGGCUUAAACCUGGAUUGUGUAGUAGUGUAGUUUUAUUUAGGGCCGGACAUAAAAUCCGGAAUCCAAAAUAAACCGAACCCGAACCGAAAAACUCGAUCCGUUAUCCAACUUGAAAUGUAAAAAUAUCCGAACGGGUAUUGUAGGGUGGUAUAAAAAUAUCCGAACCCGAAAUGUUAUUAACCGAACCCGAACGGAUAAUCCGAAAAAUCCAAAAUUAAUAGUUAAUAUAAAUAUUUUGAAAUAUAUAUAAGUAUUUCAAUUAUUAAAUUCAAUAUUUUGUGGUAAUAUGAUAUAUAAUAAUAAAUAUUAAAAUUUUAAUAAAUAAUUUAAGUAGACAAUUAGUUAUAAAUAAGUAUAUUAUAAUUUGCUCAUUGAAAUAAAAAGUCUACUCUCUAUAAUGCAAUACAUAUCGUUUACAAAUAAUAUUUGUUUUCGUGUUUGAUUUAACAUUUUAUUGUUAUUUUGUCAAUUUUAUGUGUGAUAGAUUAAUUUUUAUUUAAUUUAGAUGUUUUCUUUAUGUUUUGCUUCAAAUUUUUUGUUUUUCCACUUCGGUUAUAUUCGAACCAAACCAAUAUAACCCAAAUCCUUACGAUAUAUGAUUACUUUAAGGUUUUUAAGACGCAAUACAAUUUUGAACCGAACCCGAAGUGUUAUUAUCCGAACCCGAUCUGUAUUAAUAAAAUUUUGGUAUGAAACCUAGGAGCGUAAAUCUAAAAACUCGAAAAUCCGAAAAACCCGAUCCGGACGCCAACGGGUACCCGAACGCCCAUGCCUAGUUUUAUUUAUUAAUUUAGUUUGUUUAAUUUUUUUUAAUAUGCUUACCAGCUGUGUCUCCUUAAUCGAGACACAGUCUUACGUUGUCUCCUUUUCCCACACAUGCACGUCACGUCGCGUCACAACAUAUCUUCUCGCCUAAUCCUUAACUGGCUCAUAAACUCUCUCCACUAUUCUCUUUCUAGAUCAGAGAGAGCUCCUUACUCCUCAGACAAUCUUUUUAGAAAGCAAUGGCUUCCUCAUUCCUCUCUUGUUUUCUACCAAGGUCAGGGUUCUUAGGCGACAGAAGAAGUCUACUCAAUGUCUCAACCACCCCAUUUGCUCAAGUGGGUGUCUCUGCUAAGACCACCAAGCGCAAAGAAUCAAGGAUAGGAAUGCAGCCAAUCGCUGUACCGUCCAAUGUAACCAUUUCAUUGCAAGGUCAAGACUUGAAAGUGAAGGGUCCUUUGGGAGAACUCGCUUUAACUUACCCACCAGAAGUUGAGCUUACCGAAGAAGACUCCGGUUUCUUGAGGGUCAGAAAAACCGUGGAAAUUAGAAGAGCCAAAGAAAUGCAUGGCCUUUUCAGGACGCUUACUGACAACAUGGUUGUGGGAGUAUCAAAGGGAUUUGAGAAAACACUUGAGCUCAAAGGUGUUGGUUAUCGUGCGAUGGUCCAAGGAAAAGAAUUGGUGUUGAAUCUUGGGUUUUCUCACCCGGUUAAGAUUGAGAUACCAGAUAGUCUCAAAGUGAAAGUGGAUAAGAAGAUUAUAAUUUUUGGUAAAGGUGAAAAAGUUAAGAUAACGAUAGUCAUAGUGAGUGGAUAUGACAAGUGUAAGAUUGGGCAGUUUGCUGCUACGGUAAGGAAAUGGAGGCCAGCAGAGCCAUACAAGCGUAUUGGAGUGUGCUAUUCUGAUGAGAUUGUUCACAGGAAGAAAGGAAAAGAUAGAAAACUGAAGUGAUCUUUGAUAUUGUUAGCUACUUAUCUAUAUGUAUG